CCCAAUCCCCACUGCGUUUGAUUUCCAUUCCGCUUUUCCUUCUGUAAUUCAUCUUCUCCAACGAGCUCGUUUCCAUUUUCCAUUUCUCAUUUCUGGACACACACAGAGAAGUAGAGGAGAUACAGAAAGGUCUAGGAAUGGCAGUGAAGCCGGCGGGUUCGUGCUCUCCAGGACUGACGAAGGUGGGAUUGGGUUUUAUAGCUCUCUGUAUAGCUGCUUACAUUUUGGGUCCGCCUCUCUACUGGCACUUCAUGGAGGGCUUGGCUGUUCUUUCUUCUUCCUAUUCCUCAACUUGUCCACCUUGCUUUUGUGACUGUUCUUCUCAGACUGACUUCGCCUUCACUGAUGAGUUUGAAAACACGACUUUUAGAGAUUGUGUGAAACAUGACUCUGGCAUGAAUGAGGAAACAGAAGAGAGUUUUGCAGAGUUGUUGUCCGAGCAACUGAAGCUGAGGGAAGCCAAAGCCAUGGAACGUCAUCGGCGCGCUGACAUAUCUCUUCUGGAAGCAAAGAAGAUGACAUCUCAAUAUCAGAAAGAAGCAGACAAGUGCAAUUCAGGCAUGGAAACAUGUGAAGCAGCAAGGGAAAGAGCUGAAGCUACAUUAGCUUCACAGAAGAAGCUAACAGCAUUAUGGGAGAAUAGGGCUCGCCAAAGAGGAUGGAGAGACGACAUUGUCAUGUCACAUGCUGCUCGUGAUAUCGUUCAAACUUCAUGAAUGACCCGAUGCUAAACAGGUGCUUUGACAGUAGCUUGGAAUUUGAUUAAUCUAUACUGGGAGCCCAGGUUUUUCUUUUUACAUAUCCCACUUAGGUUUCUUUUCAAACUCCCACUUGUAUGAACAUGAAAGAUAGUGAUAUAUUAUGGAAAAGAUACCAACCAGAUGCCUCUCCUUUCCCUCCAAGAGAUUAGGACCUAAAACCUUUGGCAGGGCAAGGUUAUCUAGCAAAUUUUUCUUUGAUGCUUAAUGGGCUGUUUCAAUAUUUGGUAGAACAGUAGGUUAGAC